AUGGCCUUGCCCAAGCGUAUUGUCAAGGAGACCGAGCGUCUCAUGGCCGAACCCGUCCCCGGUAUCAGUGCCAUCCCCCACGAGGACAACCUCCGCUACUUCGAUGUCGAGAUCCACGGCCCUACACAGUCGCCGUAUGAGGGUGGUGUCUUCAAGCUGGAGUUGUUCCUCCCCGACGACUACCCCAUGACUCCUCCCAAGAUCCGCUUCCUGACCAAGAUCUUCCACCCCAACGUUGACAAGCUGGGCCGCAUCUGCCUUGACGUUCUCAAGAACAACUGGUCCCCCGCCCUGCAGAUCCGAACCAUCCUCCUCUCCAUCCAGGCCCUCCUGGGUGCCCCCAACCCCGACGACCCGCUUGCCGCCGACGUUGCGAAGAGCUGGAAGGAGGACGAGCAAGGGGCCAUCGCGACGGCCAAGGAGUGGACCGCCAAGUUCGCCGUGCCCAAGUAA